GUACUGCACCCUGCUUAAUUUGCUAAUAUCGUUGAACCAUGGCCGUUAGUGAUGUUUAGGUAGCGCCUUAUGUUUAUUUUCAAGAAAAGUACCUGUAUUCCUGAGUUUAAGUAGUGUUUAUGUUUUUUUGUACGAGAUGGCCAUUAUGACCGUCAAAUUCAUAUUUGCAACGUUGUGUCUUCUGUUCCUGGCUACAGCCCAAAGAAUGCGUGAGCAAGAGUCCUGCCCGCGCCAUUGGUUGUCAUUUCAAGAUUCGUGUUACAGGUUUAUUAAAUCCCCACUUCGUUCACGCAAUGAUGCCAGGAGAAACUGCCAGGCAUACGAUGCAGAUCUUGUAAGUGUAAGCAACCUAGAAGAACAUGGGUUUCUGGUGCAUCAGCUCGUUAUGCAAGAUCCACAACACCGUCGCUGGUAUACGAGUGCACGGCAGCAGAGCCCAGACUACUGGGUUAAUGAUGGUGAUAAUAGUCAGGUGAUCAAUAUGGAUGCUGCGUUUCUGCCAGAACAGGAAUCGACCUUCAAUAAAGACUAUCUUGUAUAUAGCUUUUCCAACCAGUUGAAACGAUGGGGUUUUGAGAAAGUUGAUGGUGAAGAACCACUUUUGUUCAUUUGUGAAGCUCCAAGAGCUAGCCUGAGUUACCUUGUUGUAGAAGAUCGCACUUUUACAUAUGGAGUGGAAGUAGAAGAUCCAGAAAAGGUGCCACGUGGUCCAUUUUUUAAAAGGCAGCCACAUGAUGUCGUUUUUGAUUUAUCAAAGAGAUCUACUUUGAAUGAUGUCACUUUAAGUUGCCUUGCUGGGGGUUACCCAACACCAACAUACGAAUGGUUCAGAGAAGACUAUGAGAAUGAUCGCUUAGUGGCAAGGAAGAUUGACCCUCUAAGUGACAGACGAUAUACUAUCAGUGGCGGUGCUUUGAUAAUUUUCGAUCCCAAAAUGAUUGAGGACAGAGCUUCGUACCAUUGCAAGGCAACAAAUAUGUUUGGUACCAUCAUGUCUGAAAGUGUGCAGCUGUCUUUUGGUUUUAUUGGUGAAUUUAACCUCAAACGCUCACCAGAAACUGGAAAUCAGAAUUGGGGCAAAACUGUUUUUUGUGAUCCUCCACAAUUUUUUCCUGGUGUUAAUUAUUACUGGGCUCGAGAUUACUUCCCGAAUUUUGUUGAAGAAGAUAAAAGAGUAUUUGUUUCAUACGAUGGAGCACUAUAUUUUUCAGCCCUCGAAAAUAUUGAUCGUGGUAAUUACAGCUGCAGUGUACAAAGCAAAGUGUCAGAUAAGGGAAGGACUGGACCUUUCUUUCCACUCCGUGUUAAUCCAAACUCAAACUAUCAGCAGUUGAAAUUUCCUAACAACUUCCCAAAGGCUUUCCCGGAGGCACCUGUUGCGGGACAAGAUGUACGUUUAGAGUGCGUUGCCUUUGGAUAUCCAGUUCCUUCAUACAACUGGACAAGGCGGGGUGCACACUUACCUCGUGGGGUUGUGCUGUCCAACUACAAUAGAGUGCUGACAAUACCUCGUGUCCAAGUUGAAGAUCAAGGAGAAUAUGUGUGUCAUGUUCACAAUGACCGAGCAUCAAUUGACAACGGUGUCAUACUUACAAUACAAGCUGAGCCAAACUUUACAAUACCAUUGGUUGACAGACACAUGGAUAAAAAUUCAGACUUGACUUGGACUUGUGAAGCAUUUGGAAUACCAGAUGUCACAUACAGCUGGUUAAGGAAUGGUGAACCUCUGGACGUUGAGAAACUACCAGGAGAAGAUCGUGACCGGUACAGAAUUGUUGACAAUGUCUUGACAAUUAAGAAUCUCGAUCCAGAUCGUGAUCAAGCUAUGUACCAAUGCAAAGCCAGGAAUCAGCUUAAAGCCAAGUACUCUACAGCUCAACUGCGUAUCUUGUCUCUGAAACCAUCAUUUAAAAAACGGCCACUUGAGCCAGAAACGUAUGCAGCAGAAGGGGGAAACAUCACUAUUAACUGCAAUCCAGAAGCAGCUCCAAGGCCAAGUUUUGUAUGGAAGAAAGACGGCUCUCAGAUUGGAUCUGGAGGCCUCCGUGAAAUUCUGAGGAAUGGUGAUCUUCUGAUACGUUCCGUAUCUCGUAAUGAUGAAGGCCUGUAUACUUGUAUUGCCGAGAAUGAGUAUGGCGUGGCUGAAAGCACAGGAAGGCUAAUUGUUCUUCGUGGUCCACACUUUAUUCAAAAAAUGGUUCCCGUAGCACACACUGCCGUGGAGCGUGACAUGGAACUGCGAUGCCAGGCAGUUGCAGAGGAAAUACUUGAUGUCGCUUAUAUUUGGACUCAUAAUGGGCUUCGUAUUAGGGACUCCGACCCAAGUGCAACUCGAAUGCAUAUUAAAGGCAAUGUUUUGGAUAUUCGAAACAUAUCUUUUGCUGAAGGCGGUGACUAUGAGUGUAUUAUAAAGAGUGCUGUUGGAAGGAUUGCUUCUAAAACCCAUCUUAUUGUUGAAGGACCUCCAGGCCCACCAGGUGGAGUCCAGGUAACAGACAUAAAGAAAACAUCAGCAACUAUUCAGUGGACAGAUGGAGCUACAAAUGGCAAUCCAAUAUUGCACUACACAAUUUCGGGGCGUACAAGAUGGAAUAACACGUGGAUGAAUCUUUCUCGAAAUGUAGAAGCAAAAGAAGUUUAUCUUUACAAUGGCCGUAAAGAAGCUACAGUGGAAAAUGUUCUGUCACCCUGGUCUGGCUAUGAAUUUAGAGUAUCGGCUGCAAAUGCUCUCGGUUAUGGACCUCCAUCUGCACCAUCACCUAUUUACAACACACCUGCUGAUGUUCCUUACAAAGCACCAUCAAAUGUUGGAGGUGGUGGUGGGAAAAUUGGUGACCUGACCAUCACCUGGGAUCCAUUGCCACCUCAAGAUCACAAUGGUCCUGGCAUAUACUACAAGAUUUUUUGGCGGCGUGCUCACCAUGAUAUGGAGUUUCAAAGUCUGGGAUUGAAAAAAUAUGGUAACAUAGGAACUGCUGUUGUUAGAAUACAGCCAGAGUAUUAUUACACCCAGUUCGACGUUAAAGUGCAGUCUGUGAAUGAAGUCGGGUAUGGACCUGAAUCAAAAAUAGUGACAAUAUACAGUGCAGAAGACAUGCCUCAAGCUGCUCCACAGCAAGUAUCAGCCAGAGCAUUCAACUCCACUGCUCUAAAUGUCAGUUGGGUACCUAUCAAUCAGAGUAGGGAGAUGAUACGUGGAAAGCUCAUUGGACAUAGGUUGAAAUAUUGGAAGGAAAAGAACCGUGAAGAAGAUGCUGUUUAUUACCUUAGCCGUAGCACUCGGCCUUGGGCAAUUGUAGUUGGCCUGGAACCAGACACGUAUUAUUAUGUGAAAGUCAUGGCUUAUAAUUCUGCAGGAGAAGGCCCUGAAAGUGAGAGAUUCUUAGAGCGAACAUACAGGAAAGCUCCUCAAAAGCCUCCAUCGACAGUGCAAGUAUUUGGGGUGAACCCUACAACUGUCAAGGUACUGUGGCGAUAUGUUGCCCCAUCAGCAGAGGAAGAACCAGUCAUUGGUUUUAAGGUCCGUAUUUGGGAGAUUGAUCAAGACAUGAGCACAGCAAAUGACACAAUUGUUUAUGUCGGUUCAAAGCUAGAAGCAUAUGUGGAUAAUUUGUCACCAGGUAAAAUCUAUCACAUGAGGGUCUUGGCAUUUUCAAAUGGAGGUGAUGGUCGAAUGUCUUCUCCGGCAUUGACUUUUCAGAUGGGUGAUGAGUCUCUGCUGAAUGGAAGCAAUGUAGUUGCUGUCAAGUCAUCAGUGCUUGUGAUAGUAUUUGGUUUCCUUUUGCUUCUGAAGCCUUUGGAAAUUGUGUAACUAAGCACAAGUUUCUACACCGUAAGUGCCUUUAUAGUCAUACAAAUUAUAGUUCAGAUGUGGAAUCUCAUUAGUGGUUACACUUCCCUUCGAGAACAGUGUUUGAAUUGUUAGAAGGUAUUCAUGCUGAUAUCAGUUGCUGAUUUGGUAUAUCUGCGAGAAUCAGCAUAAACAGUUUCACAGAAUGCCAGUGCCUGUUUGUUACAUCUGGCAAUCUAUUGCCUUUGUUUGGGUUGUAUUUAAAUAUUGGAAAAGAUUAGAUCUACUUUACUGAUCAAUUAUACGCAUUUGUUACUCUCAUGUCGGUAUCCUUAGACUGUUUCUGUAAUGUAUUUAGCUAACAAUUGUUAGCCCAAAUGUUAGUAAUUCUUUAUCAAUUACUGAAUUAAGACUGUAAUAUAUUCAAAAUAUUUUAUGCUUAAAGUGAAAUAUUUUUGCUUAAUUUUUAAUGAAUACCACAUUUUAUAUAAAAAGUCUUUUUCCGUCCACAUCUGUGAUUAUGUUUCCGUAGCUAAAGUAUUCUCUCUUCUUGAGUUGCAAUUUUUGUUAUACCAGAAAUUGGGCUGCAAAACUUGUUUCUAAGCAACGAUUCAUUUCUCUGUUUCAUCGUACGUUGUAUCCUCUCGCCCUCUGCCAACCCCACACUCUUAACUUUGGGGAACAGCAUAUUAUUUCCGUGCAGAGACUCUAUUAGACAAGUAGUUGUGCCCAGUUAUCUAUCUCUAGUAUAACAAAAAUUAUUACUUAAGGUGAGAUAUUUGUAUUUUAUUGUACAUAUCUUGGUGUGUUAAAUUUUAAGGGAAGCAUUAUAAAUGUCUGGAAAGGAUGUAAAAAGAUGUGUGCCUUAGUUAAAUUUGUGUGAUUGUCUCAAACAGAUACUAGGGUUAUUUCUCAUGUGUCACAAAAGUGUGUGAGAGAACUUUGAAAUAUUUUCAAUCCUCCAGUUGUAGUUAGCUAUAUAAAUUCCUUAAAAUUGUACUCAAGUAUGUUAAAGCUAGUGUAUCAUUUUGGAUGGUACCUAACACAAAUGCAUCGCAUGAACGUAGGGAGUAUUAUUGUAUCAUAAAUUAUGACAGAAUAUGUACCACAAAUGAUGUAAGUAAGUCUGAAAUUUCAAGAUAAUAAUUAUCUAUACGUAUGAUCAAAAUAAGUUUGAUUGUUAGUAUCACAGUAUGUAUUUUUAAUGAAUUUGACAUCCCCUUGGAAUGUACUACCAGCAAGAAAAAGUAGUGAUGACAAUUAAAAUCUCUCUCUCUCUCUCUCUCUCUCUCUCUCUCUCUCUCCCUCUCCCUCCUCCUCUCUCCCUCUCCCUCUCUGUGCGUGUGUGUGUUUGUGUGUGUGUCUGUGUGUGUGGAGAGAGGGGGAGCCCCUACAUAUCUGCUUUAAUGGAGGAGAUAUUCUCAUUAGUUUACAUGCUGUGUAUCAUUGUUAUGCCUAAGAAUAUGUACAUAAAAUGAAGGUAAUCUGUUAAUUCUGUUAUCACUUUACUAUCAGCACACUUUUCUUUGUAUCCCCACUGGCUUCAUGGUUUAUUGUCACCAAAGCUCUCAUGACUUCAUUUACCAAGGUUUAUAGACGUGCUAGUUGAGCAGUUUUUGCUGUAGCGGAGUAACUAUUGCAGCAUUAGCAAGUUUAGUUGCCAUUUUCCACAUCAAGUAUAUAAAUAUUUCUUUUAUAGCUUCAAAAUACUUUUUGCUUUCUGCAGUAUAUUCAUUGACGUCCUAGACAGGUAUCACCUUUUAUUUCAAAGACAACGUCAGAAUAAGCUAUGAACUUUGUUGACUUUUGGCAGGAACCUCUAAAUUCAGUUUCUCUUGUCAUUAACAUAUGACAAAGAAUGGAGACGCACUUUCUUUAUCUGCUAUGCCAGUUGGGAAACAGUAAAGAAAAGUAUUUUGAUAACACAAGUGUCUACUGUAGACAGGAAUAAGAACAAUGAAAUUUUAUUUUUCUUCUACAGAGAGUAUUAUAUGUACCAGUAUUGGUCUUAUCGGUAUCCGUCCAAACCCGUAUCAGUUACGGGUAAUGGUGAUGGUAUUUUAUAGGAUGUAGUUAAUAGAUAAUGAUGUUUAAUUAUUGUUUAUAUUCGCUGUGCAAUCAGGUGUGUGAAGUGAGGCAGCUCAAACAAUUGUCAUUUUUAAAUUUUUCACGGGAAAUUAAUGUUUGUGCACAGGACAACAGCUUUAACAUUAGACAGUGAUGUCAUUAACUAACAUAAACAAGUGUUUUGUUUGUAUGACAAAAUAGUUUUAUGCAAGCUGUAUAUAGAAGUGUUGGAAACGUAUUAUACAAAUGUGUCAGUAUUUUAUUGGACUGUUCAGUAAACUUUAUAUUCUAAACCAGUAAAACAUACGUUAACUGUCUGUGGUUGGAAUUAUUUUACUGAUAUGCCCUAAAAUGGGAAGGUUUAUUGAUGAUAAAGUAUUUUCAUUUGUUAGAGAUAACUUACCUCCUUAGAUACUCAUAUGUUUGCAGCAGUUCUUGUACAGUAUUAUAUGUAAUCAUUUUAAAUUCAAUACAACAAUUUUGUAUACAACCAAGCUUUAUUAAACGUAUUUUAUAUGAUAAUGAAA